UUUCUCCCCCCAAACCCGCCGUCGGUGAGUCUCUCUUCCUCAGCGAUCGCGCGAGCAACGUCUAGAGCGGAGCAGAGAUAACCCUCAACAAAUAUGGCACCGACGAAGCGAAAGGCUGUGUCGUUUGAUACAAAGUCGAAUAUUUUGCAGGAUUCGCAACGCGGUUUUAAAGUGAGCGCCCUCGUAAAAAAAUACGAGCUCGCCCAGUCGACGAUCUCGACUAUCCUCAAAGCCGGAAGCACCACGCUUUUGAAGGCUGGAACCAGUGGCCAUGCCGACAAGCGGAAGAGAAUUCUGGAGCCCUUGUAUGCAGACGUUGAAGAGGCACUCUACCAGUGGUUCCUGUCGAUCCGUGCCCAGAAUGUGCCGAUUAGUGGGCCAAUACUUGCCACAAAGGCGAAAAACUUGGCCUUUCUGCUCGAUCGGCCGAAUUUUGAACCCGGCCGCGGCUGGAUACAAAGAUUCAAGGAGCGGCACGGCAUUGUCUACAAGAACGUGGUGCGAGAAGCGGCCUCACUCGAUUCAGAGGCGAAGCAGCAGUGGCUCCAGACAAACCUGCCCGCAUUGAUGGAGCGCUUCUCAGCCAGAGACAUUUACAACUGUGAUGAGACUGCCCUUUUCUUUCAAAUGACACCAUCGAAGACGCAUGCUUUGAAAGGCGAUCCAUGUCCUGGCGGUAAGCACUCCAAGGUUAGGGUAACCAUGUUACUUUGUGUGAAUAUGGACGGGAGCCAUCGGCUCAAGCCCUUCGUGAUCGGGCGAUCCAAGAAGCCUGUGUGCUUCAGGAAUCAACACAUCCCGGUCCGCUAUAGGAGCAACAAGAAGGCCUGGAUGACCCGUGUCUUGUUUGAGGAGUGGCUGCUCGAGAUGGACAGCAUCAUCGAAAGUCAGGGGCGGAAGGUGGUGUUGCUGCUGGAUAACUGUAGCGCACACAACGUGAGCCUGAAGCUGACAUCAAUCGAAUUGAUGUUCCUGCCGCCGAAUAAGACGGCAGGCUUGCAACCGCUGGACGCCGGCGUGAUUGCUAACUUUAAGGCGUUAUACCGGCGACGUAUGCUUGAGUGGCUCGUGCUGACGAUUGACCGCUCGGCUCCCGGUACGUCGGGCAAUGCAGACGGGCCCUCUGAUGCUCCUGAUCUGAAGAUUAGCCUUCUAAAGGCCGUGCGCUUCAUUUACAGCGCGUGGUACGAGGUGAGGCAGACCACCAUUCAAAACUGCUUCAGGAAGGCAGGCUUUGUGCACCAGGACCAGCCUCCCUCGCCUAGUGACAGCGAAACCGGCACGGAAACUGCGGAUCUGACGGAGCUCUGGGAGCACGUCGCUACUGGUGACGCAGAUAGCGGGUGCGUCGCGUCGGUUGAGGACUUCCUGACGGCAGACAGUGCUGCUUCGUUCUGCGAUGAACUCACCGACGAGACAAUCGUCGCGGAUGUGUUGUCGCGACAGACGGCGGCGUUGUGCGACGGCAGCGACAGUAGUGAUGAGGAGGUUGACAGCGCCUCUACGACCCCGUCGAUGACAACGCAAGGUGCACUGACGUCUAUUGACUCGCUGAUUGACUUCAUGCACAUCAAAGGAAUGCCGCCAGAGUUUCCGCAGCAGCUGAAAGCUAUGCGCACCAUGGUUGUGAAGCUCAAGCUUCCGCAGAAGCAACUGCAGAUUUCGGACUACUUCGGCAUGCCGAACCCGUGAUG